UCACAUACUCAUCAUCACCACUUCACUCAGUCAACCUUGCGACCUUGUUGAAUGCUCUUAUUGACAACCCCGUUUGGCUAUCACUCUUUUGUACUACAAGAUCUCCAGAGGCAAUCCUGCACCCCAGCUCUUAGAGAAAGCUCUCCAUCCCCUCGAGUCUCCUCGAGUCUCGCCCCAUCGCCGUCAUCAGCCUCAACGCCGUCAUUCACUGCACCUUGAUAGCUCGGCCAUCGACAGCAUGUGCUUUGGGAGUAAAGACGAGGUCCACGAGGAGCAGCAGCCUGCCCCUCGCCCGCUCCCUCGUCCAUCAUCGAUUGACAAGGGCGCCUCGUCGAAAAAGCAGCCUCCCAUGGCUCCCUACCAGGAUCCGCCAUCACCAACGACUGCUGGACCGUCAUCAUCGAUAUCGUAUCCCCCGCAGCAGCAGCAGCAGAACAGCUACGCACCACCCCCAGGACCGCCUCCCUCGAAAUCACAACCGUAUCAAGACCCCCCCUCAGGUGUAGCCACGUCUUCUCAACCACCACCACCACCGCCCACAGACCUGCCUCCAUCCUACGGUGACGCAAACCCUCAGCAUGACUGGGCCGCCGCGGUCCCCGACACAUCACUCUUCCCGCCGCCGCCGGCCAUCUUCUCCGGCUUUGAGCGCUCGCCGUCCUCCAACGCCAGCGAGGAGGAGGCCAUAGCCGGCGAAGUCUGGUGCGAGGACAACCCCAUGACCGCCCCCAUGAUGCUCGACGACGCGAGCAAGGGCGCCCUGCACUUCCACAACAUCCGUCUCAUGGAGCCCGCGGGCUUCAACGGCACCCUAGAGUGGAAGGGCCCCGGCGUGUGGAAGGCGACGACGCGCAAGAACAGCCCGGACCGAUGUCUCAUCAGCUACCCGCCCCUCUACUCCGUCCACGAGCACGGCCCCCUGCGGACGGGCGCCCCGAGGACAAUCUACUACGAGGUCCGCAUCCUCGCGGAUUCGCCCACGACCUAUGUCGGCCUGGGCUUCACGGCGCUGCCCUACCCGUCGUUCCGCAUGCCGGGCUGGCACCGGGGCUCGCUGGCCGUGCACGGCGACGACGGGCACAAGUACAUCAACGACCGCUGGGGCGGCAAGGCGUUCACGCAGCCGUUCACCCGGGGCGAGACGUACGGCAUCGGCAUGACCGUCAAGCCGGCCGAGGCGGGCCGGCUGCUGGUCGACGUCUUCUUUACGAGGAACGGGUCGCUGGCCGGUGGGUGGAACAUUCACGAGGAGACGGAUGCGGAGGAGGACCUGCCGGUGGAUGGGCUCGAGGGGCACCAUGAUCUCUGUGCCGCCGUGGGCGUCUACGACGGGGUGGGGAUCGAGGUCGUCUUUGCGCCCGAGAGGUGGAUGUACCGGGACCUGUAGAGAUGUGUGGUCUUGGAUUGGAUAUCUUGAAGCGAUGGGUUGCCUUAUACGCCGUAAUCAUGUCGAUAUACCCGUGGCAUCAAUUCUACGAGCUUUUCACCGCU